CUCUCUCUCUCUCUCUCUCGCUCUCUAAUAACCCUUUUCGAUCCAAAUCUCUCUCUAUUUUGAUCCAUCCGCGCUCUCUUCUCUCUCUCUCCUAGGGUUUCAUAUUCUCUUGGAUUCCCGAUAGAAGCAAUCCCUAGGGUUUUGUUCGCAGAGCUCAAAUCGUCGUCUUGCUUUAGAUCUCCGCGAUUGAUUAAUUGAUUGGAUCCUAGGGUUCGUAGAUCUGAGGAGUCUUAGGGCAUAAAGGGCGUAGCGAUUGGGAUCUAUCGAUUAGGCCCCAGCAAAGAUGUUUUGGCGAAUGACUGGAUUGUCCACGGCCUCUCCCGUGGAUACUAUUUUGGACAAGGAAAACUACACACUGGAAGAGCUUCUUGAUGAGGAUGAAAUAAUCCAAGAGUGCAAAGCGCUAAAUACCCGCCUCAUUAAUUUUUUGCGAGAGAGAACUCAGGUGGAGCAAUUGCUUCGCUAUAUCGUAGAGGAAGCUCCAGAGGAUGUGGAAAAGAAGAGAACAUUUAAGUUUCCGUUUAUUGCAUGUGAGAUAUUUACUUGCGAGGUUGAUAUCAUACUAAGAACAUUAGUAGAGGAUGAGAAGCUGAUGGAUUUGCUAUUCUCCUUCCUCAAACCGGAUCAUCAACAUAGUACAUUGUUGGCGGGUUACUUUAGCAAGGUUGUCAUAUGCCUGAUGUUACGGAAGACUACGCCCCUAAUGAAUUAUGUUAAGGAUCAUCAGGAGAUUUUCUGUCAGCUGGUUGAUCUGAUUGGCAUUACAUCUAUUAUGGAGGUACUUAUUCGGCUAAUUGGGGCUGAUGAAAAUAUGUACUCCAACUACACGGAACCAAUUCCGUGGUUAGAAGAGACGAAUGUGCUUGAGAUGAUUGUUGACAAGUUUAGCUCAUCGGAUUCCCCUGAGGUGCAUGCCAAUGCGGCUGAAGUCCUUUGUGCAAUAACUCGGAACGCUCCUCCAGGACUUGCUACUAAGAUUUGCAGCCCAAGUUUUGUGGGAAGGUUAUUGCGUCAUGCUUUGGAAGAUUCAAGACCGAAAUCUGUUCUUGUUCACUCGCUAACAGUAUGCAUGUCUUUAUUGGAUCCUAAGAGAUUAGUGACAUCGACAUAUCAAUCAUUUCGAAGCCAAUUCAGUCAUGGGUCAUUGACUACUGCUAAUCCAGAGAUGGUUGAUGGGAUGCUGGAGAGCCUAGGUGAUUUGCUAAAGUUGUUGGAUGUUUCUUCUUCCGAAACCAUCUUGCCAACUACUUAUGGGAGCCUACAACCACCUCUUGGAAAGCAUCGCCUGAAGAUUGUGGACUUCAUCUCUGUUCUAUUGACAAUUGGAAGUGAAGCUGCUGAAAAAGAACUAAUUCGGCUAGGAGCUAUUCAACGCAUUUUAGAUAUGUUUUUUGAGUACCCUUUCAAUAAUUUUUUGCAUCACUAUGUGGAGAACAUCAUAGGAUCUUGUCUGGAGAGCAAGAGGACUGUGCUUGUGGAGCACCUUUUCCAUGAAUGCCAGGUGGUUGGUAAAAUUCUUGCAGCGGAAAAGCAAUCAACAUUAAUUACAGACUGUAAUAAGCCGACAGUGUCUGCACAGGGAAGAUCACCUCCCCGGAUAGGAAAUGUUGGACACUUGACUCGAAUAGCUAACAAGAUUAUUCAGUUUGGGAAUAACAACAAUAUAAUUCAGGCUCAUUUACAGGAAAAUACUGAGUGGGUUGAUUGGCAUACAAAUAUCCUAAUAAAACGUAAUGCAGUUGAAAACAUUUAUCAAUGGGCUUGCGGGCGUCCCACUUCAUUACAUGACAGAAACAGGGAUAGUGAUGAUGAAGAUUUUCGUGACAGGGAUUAUGAUGUGGCGACACUGGCUAACAACUUGAGCCAAGCAUUUCGUUAUGGAAUUUAUAGUAAUGAUGAUAUUGAAGAGGCACAUGGAUCACUAGAACGAGAUGAUGAGGAUGUCUACUUUGAUGAUGAAUCUGCAGAGGUAGUGAUUUCAUCCUUGCGUCUGGGAGAUGAUCAGGAUAGCAGUUCACUCUUUACGAAUUCAAACUGGUUUGCUUUUGAGGACGACAGAAAUGCCAAUGAUCACACUGCAGGCUCUCUUGCAUCACCAUCAUCUAAUGUUGAUGAGACCAAUGAUGUUACUGUUGGUGAGAAUGAGGACCUGGUUGAUACAGCGACAUCUCUAGAAUUGUCUGGUCCCUCUGAUCCUGUUACCAAUUCAAAUGUAACAGAAACUUCAGUUUUAGAGAAUGGGCCCGUGGAAAAUUCUGAAAAUGGUGCUGAACCCUCCAGCUCAUCUAAAGAAACAGAGGAGGAACCUAAGUGGGUUGAGUGGAGGGAGACAUCCGAUUCAGGUAAUAUACCUAAUGAGAAACCAACUCCAGAUGUUUCUAAUGUUGCUGAAGCAGAGAAUCAGGAAGACCAAGCUUUAUCAGAUGUGAGUAAUUGCGAACCUCCUGAAUCUACUAAUUUGGCUUCUGAAGCUGUGCCAGAAUCUAGUAAUGAAAGCCAUUCUACCAAUUCAUCUGAAUUUGAAAAAGAACCCAUAAGCACUGGUCCCAACUCUUCGCCAUCGAUCGGCACGUCUGCAGUAGGCGACAUUAAUCACGAUAAAGAAACGGUAGGAACUGAUCCUAAAUGACAUGGAAUUGAGCGUCUGCUUGCUUUUUCCUGGCAGAAGAGUUGACUGAUGCAGCAGCUGUCGGGCAUCCAAUGUUAGGGGCUGCUUGAUUUAGGUGGCUAGUAUGUUUAGCACUACAUCCGUACAUCUUAAAGCAGCCCUUCUGUCCUACGAGCAUUUAUAUAUGUAUGCGACAACACAAAGAAAGAGUCCUUUCUCGCCUGAAAGAGUGAAAUUCGCCAAAUAUCAUUUUGAUUCUUCUCGCAUAAUGUUUUGGAAAGGGGCGAGUGAGUGCUGCUGAUCUGAUCGGUGGUUGUGUAAUUCUUCUUCUUUUCUCUCUAUUUUUACUCGAUGAUGCAUAAAUGGGCAAAAGGUGCCUUUCCGGAUAUUGACACUUAUUGCUGCCAUUCCUCGCCUAUUCUGGCUCCUGUAUUUCUCCUCACUUGUUUGAUUUUAGUUGUAAUCUAGAUAACUGUUCGUUGCUAGAAUAGGGCUUCCUUGUGUUUGUGAUUUAACGAGUAUGACGCAUUUCCUUUGAUGCAUAACGCAGGCCUUUUACCUGUUCCGUUUUA